AAUGAGUUAUGUAAGCUCUAGCAACAGUUAUUGUUUAAACCACACAAAGCAAAUCUAUAAUAAGAAAAAGAGACAUGUAAAACAGAUUGGUGAAUGAGCUCUGCAGCAAAUUCCCAUCGUCAUGAGCACACUGCGUGACUGCUCUGUGCAGGCAGAGGGAAGGAGGGAGGAGAGAGGAACAAGCGGAGGAAGGUAGGAUACAGAGAAGGGGGAGGGGAGCCAAUUCAGCGCAGUGCAAGCUGACUGUACGCGUAGCAGCCGCGGCACAAGCAGCACCAGCCCCACCACUAGCUGUAGCAUCUUUGUUUGUGGUGCUGGAGGCUAUCUGGCUGUAGCAUCUCUGUCCUCCCUCACUCUCUCUCUGCUCCCUGCCUCUGAAGCACAUGCGGUGCUGGCUGUCAGAGGAGAGGGAGUAAGGGGCUCCAGGGAGAGGGCCACGGGAAGAGCAAACAGGGCCCACAUCACAGGAGGCUGGAGCCACGCUGAGAGAAGCACAAGCACCACCAGAGCGGCACCAUGGCACAAGCCGCCAAGCAGCUCCGCAAGACCAAGGACCUCGCGGAGGCCGCCGCCCAGGAGCAGAGGGAGAAGGAGGAGGAGAAGAUCAAAAAGAGAAAUCGAUCCAGGGACCGUAGACGCAAGGCAGAUGCAGCCACCAGCUUUUUGAGAGCAGCUCGUUCAGGGAACUUGGACAAAGCUCUGGACCACAUCAAAAAUGGCAUCGAUAUCAACAUAGCUAAUCAAAAUGGUCUAAACGGGUUGCACCUGGCCUCUAAAGAGGGGCAUGUCAAAAUGGUCCUGGAGCUUUUACAUGCUGGAAUAAAACUUGAAGCCACCACUAAGAAAGGAAACACAGCCCUUCAUAUUGCAGCAUUGGCUGGGCAGGAGAAAGUGGUGGCUGAGCUGGUCCACUAUGGUGCCAAUGUAAACGCACAGUCCCAUAAAGGAUUCAGUCCCCUGUACAUGGCUGCACAGGAAAACCAUUUAGAAGUAGUGAAGUUCCUGCUAGAGAAUGGUGCCAAUCAGAGUCUCCCGACGGAGGAUGGCUUCACUCCCUUGGCUGUAGCCCUCCAGCAAGGCCAUGAAAACGUGGUUGCCCUGCUCAUCAAUUACGGCACCAAAGGCAAAGUUCGCCUCCCCGCACUGCAUAUUGCUGCACGAAAUGAUGACACACGGACGGCUGCUGUGCUUCUGCAAAAUGACCCCAACCCUGAUGUUCUCAGCAAGACUGGUUUUACGCCGCUCCAUAUUGCUGCCCACUACGAGAAUAUGAGUGUGGCCCAAUUGUUGCUCAACAGAGGGGCCAAUGUUAAUUUUACUCCUAAGAAUGGCAUCACACCUCUUCAUAUAGCUGCCCGGAGGGGUAAUAUGAUGAUGGUCCGACUCCUGCUGGACAGAGGGGCACAGAUUGAUGCCAAAACUAAGGAUGAGCUGACACCUCUCCACUGUGCGGCCAGGAAUGGUCAUGUUCGUAUUAUUGAGAUUCUCCUGGAACACGGCGCUCCACUUCAGGCAAAAACAAAGAAUGGGCUAUCCCCGAUCCACAUGGCAGCUCAGGGGGAUCACAUGGACUGUGUCAGGCAGCUUCUCCAGUUCAAUGCUGAAAUAGAUGAUAUCACUCUGGACCAUUUAACUCCUCUUCAUGUAGCAGCCCAUUGUGGCCACCACCGCAUGGCCAAAGUCCUUCUUGACAAGGGAGCCAAAGCUAAUGCACGAGCUCUGAAUGGCUUUACACCUCUACAUAUUGCUUGCAAGAAAAACCACAUGCGAUCUAUGGAUCUUCUGCUUAAGCACUCUGCUUCAUUAGAAGCAGUUACAGAGUCUGGUCUCACACCUCUUCAUGUAGCAGCUUUCAUGGGCCAUCUGAAUAUAGUUAAAAAUCUGCUCCAGAGAGGAGCCUCACCAAAUGCUUCCAAUGUGAAAGUGGAAACACCGCUUCAUAUGGCCUCAAGGGCAGGACACUGUGAAGUUGCCCAAUUUUUGUUGCAAAACUCAGCACAAGUAGAUGCAAAGGCAAAGGAUGACCAGACGCCCCUGCACUGUGCUGCACGGAUGGGUCAUAAGGAGCUGGUUAAACUGCUCCUGGAGCAUAAGGCCAGUCCUGACUCAGCGACCACCGCAGGACACACCCCUCUGCACAUCGCCGCCAGAGAGGGCCAUGUCCACACCAUCAGAAUAUUGCUGGAUGCCGGGGCACAGCAAACUAAGAUGACUAAGAAAGGAUUUACUCCCCUUCAUGUAGCCUCUAAAUAUGGAAAAGUUGAUGUGGCUGAGCUCCUUCUUGAAAGAGGAGCCAAUUCAAAUGCAGCUGGGAAGAAUGGUCUGACACCUCUGCAUGUUGCCGUCCAUCACAACAACUUGGAUGUUGUCAAACUUCUGGUCAGCAACGGGGGAUCGGCUCACAGCACUGCCCGAAAUGGUUACACUCCUUUGCACAUCGCAGCCAAACAAAACCAGAUGGAGGUGGCCAGUUGUCUGCUGCAGAAUGGGGCAUCACCGAACGCCGAGUCCCACCAAGGCAUCACGCCCCUGCACCUGGCCUCCCAAGAGGGCAGGCCCGACAUGGUGGCUCUGCUCAUUUCCAAACAGGCCAAUGUUAACCUGGGAAACAAGAGUGGACUGACCCCGCUCCAUCUUGUAGCUCAGGAGGGCCAUGUGGGAAUAGCGGACGCUUUAGUCAAACAUGGAUCAUCUGUGUAUGCUGCGUCUCGAAUGGGCUACACCCCUCUCCAUGUGGCCUGUCACUAUGGCAACAUCAAAAUGGUGAAGUUCCUUCUUCAGCAGCAGGCACAUGUAAACAGCAAGACACGGAUGGGCUAUACUCCUCUGCACCAAGCCGCUCAGCAGGGCCACACUGACAUUGUGACCUUGCUGUUGAAACAUGGAGCUCAACCAAAUGAAAUCACUUCAAAUGGGACCUCUCCCCUGGGUAUUGCCAAGCGACUGGGCUAUAUCUCUGUCAUUGAUGUUCUCAAAUUGGUAACUGAGGAGUCUGUUUCCAUGAUUACCACAGAAAAACAUCGCAUGAGUUUUCCAGAGACAGUAGAUGAGAUACUGGAUGUUUCUGAGGAUGAAGGAGUUGCCCAGCUAACGUUAGGGGAUGAGUUGCUUGGGAUGGAUGGUGCCCGUUAUUUAAAGCUUGAUGACUUCAAAGAUCAAGAUGAUGACUUUCUUUCCCCAAAGAAGACCCUGCGAGACUUUGAAGGCGGCAUGGGCACAACGCCUUACUCCCCAGCUAUUCCUAGAAUACCAUGUGUUUCUCCAGAGACAGUCCUACUAGAUCAGCACACCCCUGUUCCUUUGCCAAAGGAGUAUGAUGAGGACUCUCUUAUCCCAAGCAGUCCUGCUACUGAGACUUCAGACAAUGUCAGCCCAGUAGCCAGCCCCAUUCACACGGGCUUCUUGGUGAGCUUCAUGGUAGACGCUCGGGGCGGCUCCAUGCGAGGCAGCAGACAUCAUGGCCUGCGUGUCAUCAUCCCUCCUCGGACCUGUGCUGCUCCCACUCGCAUCACCUGUCGACUGGUUAAACCUCAGAAACUCACCACCCCCCCUCCUCUGGUGGAAGGGGAGGGACUCGCAAGCCGCAUCAUCUCGUUAGGGCCAUCCAGUAUGCAGUUUCUCGGACCAGUAAUUGUGGAAAUCCCCCAUUUUGCGUCACUUGGUCAUGGAGACCGCGAACUUGUGAUCCUCCGUAGCGAAAAUGGCUCAGUAUGGAAGGAGCAUCGCAAUCGUUAUGGUGACGAAGUGCUGGAAACCAUUUUGAAUGGCAUGGAUGAAGAUUUGGAAAGUCAAGAAGAGCUAGAGAAGAAAAGAAUUCGAAGAAUAAUCUCCACUGACUUCCCUCUUUACUUUGCGGUCGUCUCUCGUAUUCAGCAGGAGAGUGAUCUGAUUGGUCCCGAGGGGGGCAGACUCACGAGUAAGCUGGUUCCCCAUGUUGAGGCCAUCUUCCCUGAGACCGCUGUGACCAAGAGAGUGAGACUUGGGCUGCAGGCCCAACCAAUCCCGGAUGAGCUGCUAACACGGCAACUUGGUAACCAGGCAACUUUUAGCCCAGUUGUUACCAUUGAACCUCGGAGACGGAAAUUUCACCGUCCAAUCGGCUUGAGGAUCCCAUUGCCGCCAUCUUGGAGAGAGAGCCCCCGAGACGCUGGGGAGGGAGACACCACCAGCUUACGACUCCUGUGCAGUGUCAUAGGUGGGACAGCUUCAGCUCAGUGGGAAGACAUUACUGGAACCACCAAACUCAUGUAUGCAAAUAAUUGUGCCAACUUCACUACUAAUGUUUCUGCAAGAUUCUGGCUGGCUGAUUGUCCACGCACAGCAGAGGCGGUGACCUUUGCUAAUCUGCUGUACAAAGAGCUAAUGGCUGUUCCUUAUAUGGCCAAGUUUGUUAUUUUUGCAAAAAUGAAUGAAGUGCGAGAAGGGCGGCUGCGGUGUUACUGUAUGACUGAUGAUAAAAUGGACAAAACUUUGGAAUUGCAUGAGAACUUCACUGAGGUGGCCCGCAGUCGAGACAUUGAGCUAAUGGAAGGCAUGCCACUGCAUCUGGAGUGUUCUGGGAACCUGGUGCCUAUCAGGAAGGCAACACAACAGCCUCGGAGCUUUAGCUUCCAGGCCUUCAGAGAUAACAGGCUGCCUGUGUCUGUUAAGGUAAGAGACAGUAACAAGGAUGCCACAGGGUUUUUGUCCUUCCUGCGGAAGUGCACCAAGUAUGAAGAUGCACAGCAUGUACUGUGUAAUCUGAACAUAACCAUGCCACCUUGUGUCAAGGUGGCAGGCAGUGAGGAGCGGCGGCGGACUCUCACUCCUCUGGCUCUGCGGGAGCGCUACAGUGCCCUGAAUGAGCCUGGUGUGGCUGCUGUAAACGCCAUGGAGAGAACAGAGCUUAAAAUUAACCUCAUAUCUGAACAGCUGGGCUUGAGCUGGGCAGAAUUGGCACGGGAGCUGCAGUUUGGAGUGGACGAUAUCAACCGAAUCCGUGUGGAAAAUCCAAACUCACUGCUUGACCAGAGCUCGGCCCUUCUGAAUUUGUGGGCCAGCAGAGAAGGAAAGAGGGCUAAAAUGGAGAGUUUGUACACAGCGUUGAGGAACAUUGACCGUGCAGAUAUUGUGAGCUCCAUAGAAGGGCAGGGACCAUCCAUAGCUCCGGCCUUAUCAGAGGAGGGGGCCUGUCGCCUUGGAGACCGAGAUUCUACUCUGCUGUCACCCAGUGUCCUCAAUGGAUAUGGCUUGGUGCAAGAGGAGCUGCUAUCCCCCGCAUCCAUGCAGUACAGCUUGCCCUCACCACUCAAUGUAGAGCCAUACUGGCAGGAGGUGUCCAGCCUGGAGUGUGCGCCUAUAGCCACCACAGAGGAAGACACGCUCCUGGAGAUGUCGGACGUGCAGGUGUGGCCCGCGGGGGUCAGCCCCUCUCUGGUCACUGUGGAGGACUCCUCUCUGGACGGUAGCAGCCGUGCAGAUGACUCAGAGGGGGCCACGCUCUCUCUCCCCUGCAGCUUAGGGCGCCCUAGCAGCGGAGCCAGUGGGGCCAGUGGUUCUAUCAUGGAGCUGGAGGAGGAGGAGGAAGAGGAAGAUGUUGAGGUAGAGGAGGAAGAGACCCUGCCAGAGCCACCCACAGCUCUGGCAGACAGAGACAGAAUCCGAGCCAGCGGGGCAGUGCCCAAGGUCAACUUGAACGGCCAGCUUGGAGGUCAGAGGUCAGAGGGAAGGAGAGGGGAAUCUGGAGGGCUGGGUUCAGGUGCUGGGAUUUGUGUCAUUUCAGGCCAGCAGGACAUCACGGGACUGAGUGGAGCUUCAGAGCACAACGGAGACAACCGGGUGGGAGGAGGGGGUGCGUUCCAGCCCUAUCUGCCAGAGAAGGAUUCCCUUUCGGGCUGGGUGGGCUCAGUGUCCACAGGCCGGGACAACAGUCUGCGUGAAGCCCAGGAGGCGCUGCUGAUCUCGAGGGAAGAAAAAGAAGAAUGUGCUACUGAAACACGCGUUGAGGAACAUGCUCCUGUGCAGGCAAGAAAGGAAAGAAAAGCUACUGCCAAACCAUCCUCCACCAAACGGCAACCAGAGCGGCGAGGAAAAUGAGCAUGGACGUUUGACUAACAGACACGGACAUAAACAUAAAUAUCCUCAAUAUGUGACCUGGAUAACAAGAAGAUACUGUCGACUGACAAAAUGAUCAACUUGUAGUUUUAUAACAUUUGUAAAGAAAAAAGCAAAUCAAAUAAUCUAAGGCAUGAUUCUUUUUUAUAUAAAAAAGUAAACAAACUGCAAGAAAACGCAACAAAAAGUGCUUCCUGUGAACUAUAACCGCAUGAUUACUGCUGGUGCAUGCCCUUUGACCUUUGGAACUCUCAUUAUCUCACUGAAAGAAUGAGCCAGGAUGGUCCAGUUGGACCACGGACCUUUUGGGAACAUUGCCCUAGUUGGAAUGGUUUGUAACUGCAAGUACAAGUCCAAUAACUACAGCCAAAAAUGUCUGUCCCAAAACUCUGGAUGGUAUACAGCUGCGCCUCUGCUGAGCCCACCAGUGCUUCUUUGACUGGACCCUCUCCCAGUUCUUCUCAAUGUGAUAUAUGCACUCUAUGCUACGUCGGUGUGUGUGCGUACGUGUGUACUUUUCUCUACCGCAUGUGUAAACUGCUUCUGGCUUGGUGCUGAGCCCUGCCCCAUGAUUGGCUCGUCGUCCAUGUGAUGUCAUGGCAUGCUCAGUGCCAGAAUGAGAAAGCCACUGUGCUUCCUUGCUUGUGAGUAUCAUGUCUGUGUGCGCUAAUGUCUUUUCCUUUGUGAAUGGAGCUCGCUACUUGUAUUGGUUUCCUCAAAUCUAAUUCACCUGGGUUUAAAGGGUUGUUUGACAAAUAGGGAACUGAAUCUAUUCACUUCAAGCUUUUCAGACAAAAGAAUGUUUUGGGUGAUUACCUGGUGCAGCAGCUUUGUACCUGUUCCCCUUUGUGGAAGGGGCCAUCUGUGCUACCUUCCUCUUUUCUAAUUUAGCACAUGUCAUCCUUCUUUAAUAGACCACAUGCAGUCACUUCUUGGAUUUGUCCUUAUCUCAUGUCUCUCUGUAGUUUGUCACAUUUUGAUUUGUUCAUUGACACUGAGUGCUAUGGUGUGAAAACAAAAGACCUGGUUUGAUGGAGGAUUGUGAUGCUAUAGAAAAACUGUAGCCAAUGUUUUUGUAUGACGCCUAAUAGUGAGCAUUCUGCUGUGUGGACAGACAGCACUGUGAUUGUGUCAUUUUUAUUUAACCAAUACUUAAUGAACUGUGAAUAUUAACAAAGAAGAGCACACAUACAGAAACAUCAGGAGAAUAAAGUAAACAUAGUUAGGAACAGCUUAGUCAAGAUGGUUUGGUGACACACUGAAGCUAUUCCAUACUGCCAGUUCAAGUUAGGCUUUCCACAUGGACUUCAGUCACUAUUGUCAUGUUAUAUAUAUUUCAUACUUCGGUAAACCAAACAGUUAAAUGUGGGUUUAUUUUCUACUUUGGACUGAAAACACUUGAUUGAAUUCAAAGUGAAAUUGGGGCCAACAGUGGACACAAGAUGAACUAGUCUCCUGAGAUUAGAUAUAGUUAGGGUUAGACAGUUUGUCACAGCAAUAACACUGACUAAAGGAACAGAGUUUGUUAUUGAUAGUUUGGAAUGAAUUGAUAAUAAUUGGAUAUUUAUGAGGGUACAAUAUGACAUAGGGUUUGAGACUGUGAAAUAUUAUUUGUUUUUCAGCACAAAACGUAGCAAAUAAGCAGGCAGGAAAUGCUCUUGAAUUGCUGCUGCUUAAAGAGGGAAACAAAAGAUUACAUUUGUAUUAUUUAGCUUUUUUUUUUUUUUAAGAAUUUUUCCUAUAGUUUGACAUACUCAGUCCUCCAUGUUGUUAAGUGUGUUCCCCUCCUUAUGCAGAUGCCCACUUCUUCCCCAGUGGCAGCACCCUGGGUCCUAUCAUGGUAGCACACAGUAUCUAACUAUCAUGCUUACCCAGAAGUACUGUAAAUGCUAUUGUAGCCUGAAUGACUGACGCACUGAAUGACAGCAUACAACAGGGACAUGUACAUGGACUAUAGCACAUUCGGUACAUAUCACACGUUUUCCACUGUUAUCCACUCAGGUCUUUUGAGUUGUGCACAGUCAAGUUUUGCUUUGAUUUUCUCACGGUCUCCCAACUCCUCUCCUCAGAGACAGGAUUCCAUAAGGUUUGAGCUAUGGUCGAGGAUUGUUGUUAAAACUGUAGGUUUUACUCGCUCAGCCUUUGCACAGAAAGCAAUGGCAAGAGCUGAAUCUUAGUCCCUUAGAAACGCACAUUUGAACUUUGAUUUCUAGUAUAAAUAUUUGUUUAUUUGAUGAAUAAUUGAAUUUAAAGGUAUACUACAUCAAUUGUUAUUCAAGUCCAGUGUUGAGUCAAAUGGUUUUACAUGUGGGUAAAAUGUAUUAGCAAUAUAUUAUUUACAUUAAUGAAUAUCUGAAUAAAACCUUCCAUAAAUUUUGAUCUAGGUUAUUU